AUGGAUUUUUCGCUGAAGAAAUCGUUCAAAUCCCAUGGCUCGAGCAAACACAUGAGGAAAAUCUCUGCCGGAUCAGCAGAAGACAACAGCCACGAGCAGCUCCCGAUUCUAACCGACCACCACAGCCAGCCACUCCCCGCCGACCACCGCAAAGAGGUCAUCGUCAAGAUCGACGAGGGCAGUUCCUCAGAUAACGUCAGGGAAGUGGACCCCGCCAAACAUCACGGUGGUAGGAUUUGGCGGGAAUCGAGUAUAGAUUUCUGGUCGGAGGGCGACGGGAGAACUGUCGCCGCCGCCGGCAGCGGGGGCUUUCAGUUCACGCAGAGGGGGAAACAGAUGACGCCGGAGGAGGAUCCGCCGACGAGGCUGAUAGGGCAGUUCCUCAACAAACAAAGAGGCUCCAACGGCGGCGGCGACGUGUCGUUGGACAUGGAUUUGGAGAUGGACGAGCUACAACAACCACCGCUGGCGGAGUCGCCGAUGACGUCGCGGGAGCUCAAGGUGUCGUUCCAGUCGCAGGCGCCGUCGGACCUUCCGGAUACGCCGAACGAUUCGGUUCGGCGGCGAAAUAGAGACUCGGUGGUUGAGGAGGAACGACGUCGUAACAGUCGGUUGAGUAACGGCGGAGCCGACGUGGUUAAGUGCUCGUCAAACAAGUCGUUCCGGCGAGAAGUGUCGUUUCAGAACAACAAUAAGUCUGAUUUGUUGAGGAUAAAGACUAGGUCUAGAUUGAUGGACCCGCCUGAAGGCUAUGACGACGGUCGGGUUCCGAGAUCGGGUCCGAUGAAGUCCGGGAUGUUGGGGAAAGGCGGCGACGACGACGACGACGACCCCUUUUUGGAGGAGGAUUUACCUGAUGAGUACAGGAGGGUAAAGUUUAAUGCAUUGACUUUGUUACAAUGGCUUAGUUUGGUUUUGAUCGUAGCUGCCUUGGUAUGCACGCUAUGUAUUAGGGUUUUGAGGCAGAAGUACUUGUGGAAACUGAUGCUGUGGAAAUGGGAGGUGCUGAUUUUGGUAUCGAUUUGCGGGAGGCUGGUUUCGGGUUGGGUGAUAAAAAUCAUAGUGUUCUUCGUGGAAAGGAAUUUCCUUCUGCGCAAGAGGGUGUUGUAUUUUGUUUAUGGGAUCAGAAAGCCUGUGCAGAACUGUAUUUGGCUUGGCUUUGUUUUGACGGCUUGGCAUUUCAUGCUAAUCAGGAAGGUUGAGGAGGAAACCAAUAACAAGACCCUAGAGUAUGUGACUAAAGGCUUGCUUUGUCUCUUGAUUGGGGUUUUGCUUUGGUUGGUGAAGACAUUGAUUGUGAAGGUGCUGGCUUCCUCUUUCCAUGUUAGAUCCUACUUUGAUCGGAUUCAGGACGCGCUUUUUAACCAGUAUGUGAUCCAAACUCUCUCGGGGCGGCCCUUGAUUGAGGUACAGAAUGCGGAGGAUGAAGAAGAGAGGCUUAACGAUGAGGUUAGGAAGCUGCAGAGUAUUGCUGGGACAACUAUGCCUCCUGACCUCAGAUCAAAUGCAUUUCCAUCUGCGAGAAUUGGGAGGGCAGUGUCUGGGAGAAGCGGGAUGUUGAUUGCUGGAAGUGGGGGCCUUGCAGCCAAGAGUAGCAAGUUUCCGAGGCCAACAAUGUCCAAGAAGUCAGAGGAGCAGGCUGGGAUCACCAUUGAUCACUUGCAUCGGCUCAAUCCAAAGAAUGUGUCAGCUUGGAAUAUGAAGAGGCUAAUGAACGUUGUUAGAAAAGGGCAUCUGACGACACUUGAUGAGCAAAUUCUGGAUUCCACCGAGCCGGAUGAGGGUGAUACUCAGAUCAGAAGUGAAGUUGAGGCAAAGGCUGCAGCUAAACAGAUAUUUAGCAAUGUGGCUCGGCCUGGCUCCAAGUACAUCUCCCUGGAGGAUUUGUUGCGUUUCAUGGGAGAAGAGGAGGCUUUGAAGACCAUGAGUCUCAUUGAAGAGUCCUCUGAGACAAGGAGAAUCCGCAAAACUUCCUUGAAAAAUUGGGUGGUAAACUGCUUUAGAGAACGGAGAGCACUUUCUUUGACACUGAAUGACACCAAAACAGCGGUGAACAGACUUCGAAUCGUGGUGGACGUAUUAGUUGGCAUUGUUAUAUUAGUCAUAUGGCUUCUUGUGCUGAAUAUUGUCACCAGCGAAAAUCUUGUCUUUGCAACUUCGCAGCUUGUGGUUGUGGCAUUUGUUUUUGGUAAUACUUGCAAGACAGUAUUUGAAGCAGUCAUAUUUUUAUUCGUGAUUCACCCCUUUGAUGUGGGAGAUCGAUGUGAAAUUGAUGGAGUGCAGAUGAUCGUAGAAGAAAUGAACAUCUUGACUACAGUUUUUCUGAAGUAUGACAACACCAAAAUUGUGUACCCGAACAGUACCCUUUCAACUAAGCCCAUCAGUAACUAUUAUCGCAGUCCGGACACACAAGAUGCUAUUGAGUUCUCUGUCCAUAUAUCUACUCCGGCAGAUAAGGUUGCUGCUAUGAAGCAGAGAAUGAUAAGUUAUAUUGCAAAUAAGAAGGAGCACUGGUAUGCUGAUCAAAUGAUCAUCCUGAAGGAUGUAGAAGAAUUAAAUAGGAUGACGUUUGCAUUGUGGUUGACACAUAAAAUGAACUUUCAAGAUGUGGGAGAAAGGUGGGAAAGAAGAGCCCUUUUACUUGAAGAGAUGGUAAGGAUCUUCCAGGAGCUGGACAUUCAGUACCGUCUGCUGCCUAUUGACAUAAAUGUCCGCGGCAUGCCUUCCACAACCACCACUGGUCUGCCUCCCUCAAAUUUCUCAGCAACCACAAGCUGA